UGCCAGAGUGCUGAGCGCUGUGCCUGACGCCUCCCGCCGGGUUCCCAAAGCAAUCACCUCUCUCGCCCAGCCAUGCUCCUGCUGCUGGGGCUAUGCUUGGGGCUGCGUCUCUGUGCGGGGUGGCAGGAGAAUGCGCGGAGCUGGGGUGACACUUCGGAACAAGUUGGCCUUAGGGUCCCCAGGCAAGUGAGGCUGUUGCAAAGGCUGAAAACCAAGCCACUGAUGACUGAAUUCUCAGUGAAGUCCACCAUCAUUUCUCGGUAUGCCUUCACGACAGUUUCCUGCAAGAUGCUGAACAGAGCUUCCAAUGACCAGGAGAUUGAGUUUCAGAUGCAGAUUCCAGCUGCGGCUUUCAUCACUAACUUCACUAUGCUAAUUGGAGACAGGGUGUAUCAGGGUGAAAUUGCAGAGAGAGAAAAGAAGAAUGGUGACAGUGUGAAAGAGAAAAGGAAUAAAACCACAGAAGAGAGUGGGGAGAAGGGGACGGAAACCUUCCGAGCUGCCAUAGUCAUUCCCAGCAAGGACAAAGCCUCAUUCCUGUUAAGCUACGAAGAGCUGCUGCAGAGACGGCUGGGAAAGUACGAGCAUGUGGUGAGCGUGCGCCCCCAGCAGCUGGUGGGGAGGCUCACGGUGGAUGUGUCCAUUCUGGAGAGAUCAGGCAUCGCGGAGCUGGAGGUGCUGCCACUUCAGAACAGCAGGCAGAAGGGCAGUGGCCGGGCGGAAGAUGAUUCUGGACCUCCUCCUUCUACUCUUAUCAACCAAAAUGAAACAUUUGCUGAAAUUGUUUUUAAACCUAGUGUGGUACAACAAGCCAGAAUUGCCCAGAAUGGAAUUCUGGGAGAUUUCAUCAUUCGAUAUGAUGUUAACAGGGAGCAGAGCAUUGGGGACAUCCAGGUUCUAAAUGGCUAUUUUGUGCAUUAUUUUGCUCCUAAAGACCUUCCUCCUUUACCCAAGAAUGUGGUGUUUGUGCUUGACAGCAGUGCCUCCAUGGUAGGAGUCAAACUCCGGCAGACUAAAGAUGCGCUCUUCACUAUUCUACAUGAUCUCCGACCCCAAGACCGUUUCAGUAUCAUUGGAUUUUCCAACCGAAUUAAAGUGUGGAAGGACCAAUUGAUCUCAGUCACUCCUAACAAUAUCAGGGAUGGCAAAAUCUAUAUUCAUCAUAUGUCACCCACUGGAGGUACAGAUAUCAACGGGGCCCUUCAGACAGCUAUCAGGCUCCUCAACAACUACGUGGCACAUAAUGACAUCGAAGACCGGAGUGUCUCCCUCAUCGUCUUCCUCACAGAUGGGAAACCCACUGCUGGGGAGACCCACACCCUCAAGAUUCUCAAUAAUACCAAGGAGGCAGCCCGCGGUCAGGUCUGCAUCUUCACCAUUGGCAUUGGGAACGACGUGGACGUUAAACUGCUGGAGAAACUGUCCCUGGAGAACUGUGGUCUCACACGGCAUAUCCACGAGGAAGAGAAUGCUGGUGCACAGCUCAUUGGCUUCUAUGAUGAGAUCCGGACACCGCUCCUUUCUGACAUCCGCAUGGACUAUCCCCCCGGCCUAGUGGAACAGGCCACCAAAACCCUGUUUCCCAACUACUUCAAUGGCUCAGAAAUCAUCAUUGCUGGGAAACUUACAAACCAGAAGUUGGAUCACUUGCACGUGGAGGUCACGGCCAGCAACAGUAAGAAAUUCGUCAUCCUGAAAAAGGACGUGCCCGUGGGGCCCCAGAAGAUGGGGAGUGACGUCACAGGGAGGCCUGUGGCUGAUGGGGAUGCCAAAAAGGGCUCCAAUCACAUUGAGCGCCUUUGGAGCUAUCUCACGCUGAAGCAGCUGCGGAGCUCAUGGUUGCAGAGCAGUGAUGAGCAGGAGAGAGAGCGACUGAGGCAGCAGGCUCAGGCCCUGGCGGUGAACUAUCGCUUCCUCACCCCCUUCACCUCUAUGAAGCUGAGGAAGUCAGCCCUUCACGUGAACGGGCUGGAGGACACCCACAGCAUGUCGGCUGCCAUGGGACCGGAAACAGUGAUGCAGAACUUGCAAGGAACGGAUGCGCAGUCAGCUUCUACACUGAAGAAACCGUUUGACUCAAGAAUUAAAAUUUCUAAAACAUCAGUGGAUGGGGAUCCUCACUUCGUGGUGGAUUUCCCCUUGAGCAAGCUCACGGUGUGUUUUAACAUUGAUGGAGAGCCCGGGGACAUCCUACGGCUAGUCUCUGACCACAUGAAUUCUGGUGUGACAGUGAAUGGAGAGUUGAUUGGGGCUCCUGCUCCUGCCAACGGCCACAAGAAGCAGCGCACUUACUUCCGCACCAUCACCAUCCUCAUCAAUAAGCCAGAGCGGUCUUAUCUGGAGAUCACGCCAAGCAGAGUCAUCUUGGAUGGUGGAGACAGGCUUGUCCUCCCUUGCAACCAGAGCGUGGUGGUGGGGAGUCGAGGGCUGGAGGUGUCUGUGUCUGCUAAUGCCAACGUCACCGUCACCAUCCAGGGCACCAUAGCCUUUGCCAUCCUCAUCCACCUGUACAAAAAGCCUGCGCCCUUCCAGCGAAACCACCUGGGCUUCUACAUCUCCAACAGCAAAGGCCUUUCCAGCAGCUGCCAUGGACUGUUAGGUCAGUUUUUGAACCAGGAUGCUAAACUCACAGAGAAUCCUGCAGGGCUCAGCAAGAAUCUCACGGUUUCUCCACACCCUCAGGCAGAAGGGAGGCCUGAGGCCAUCCUGAAAGUGAAAGGGCAUAAAGUACCUGUGGUUUGGAAACAAAGGAAGAUCUACAAUGGGGAAGAGCAGAUAGACUGCUGGUUUGCCAGGAACAAUGCAGCCAAACUGAUCGACGGGGAGUACAAAGAUUACCUGGCGUCUCAUCCGUUUGACACAGAAACAGUCUUGGGGACAUCUAGGGGACUCUGAAACUGGCAGCCUUAGUGAUGGGUGUGCAUGAUAGAGGGGCUGAUUUUGAGAGACUUCAUGGUAGAGCAUUGUUGUUGCUUGUGCAUGCCUGGUUUCUCGGCCAUGAACUUACUCCGGAAUGUAAGUCUGCUAUUUGCUUGAAUGAUAUAUGGGCACAGGAAGCUUGAAUGAAAAUAUUUCCUUUGCUUUCCCCGCUUACUUUCCCAUCCCUCCUUCCUUCAUCAACAGUAGAGAAACAUGAUGGCACAGAAGAACGGAGGAUCAUGGUAAAAGGCAAGGAAGUCUUUAUCCUGUACCACUUGGUUUAAACAUCUUUUAGCCUCACAUAAACUAAGCUCUUCUGAUGAAGGAAGGUUGCCAGUUUUAUGAUUUCUCUGUGACCCCAUUUAGGCACUCUACAUUUUGCCUUGUGUGCAGGUUUGGGAAUCGCCCCUUUUGUUAUUAUUGUGUCCUGAUGUGCAGCCAGUCUCUGGUCUCAAAAGAAUCCCUCACUGAGCCCAGGCCACUGAUCACAAAAACAACAAAUCAUUGUGACCACUGUAGAUAAUUUUUCCCCUUAAAGCAUGGUUUUUAUUUAGUUGUGAGAUCUCACCCUCAAAAGUUAGGUUUUACUUAAAAUUUUUUAUUAAAAUUUAAGGAAUCUGUACCCCAGAUCUCUUUCUACUGCACUUUGCAAACCAGUUAACUUUGCCAGAGGCGCUUCUCCAGUUUACUAUAAUAAGUGAAGUACUUUUAAAACAUAGGACAACCUCAUGUGGAUUUUUUUUUUUUUACUGGCCUGUCUGGUGCUAAGAAAUUGGCCAGUUGAAUGACGAAACUUUUGCUUGGAAUUCUUCAGCCUUUGUCAUCAUUCCUGGAAGCUUUCUGCUUGUAGUCCUCCAGGCAAUGAUAUAUUACAUAUGUGUGUAGUACUGAAGCAGCAGAUGAGAGCACAAAUGGAGUCUACCAGCCUACUUGCAGGAGACAUAAACAUG